CUCAUAAAAUUUAUAUCAAUUUUAUUAAGAGGGUUUCAUUAACUCGUGUUUUGUAACUUGUGUAUAUAAAAUGAGAAGUCCAAGUGCAUACAAUCAUUCUAGAUAUCAUCGUUGAUCGGAACAAUUAAAAAUGUUUAAAAUUGUAUUUGUCUGUUUACAAGCGCUCUUCAUACAAAGCAUCUCAGCUCAAUGUAUUGGAGCAUACAACGGCCUGGCCGCUGGUGGUUGGCCCGCUUCUAAUGCCGUGGCCUGGGAGAACGGCAUGAACUGGCCGGGAAGUGCGUUGUCUUGGGAAGCUGGUGUUCCUUACGGAGCUGGACCUUGUACUGCUUCAUCACUCGGCGCUUCCUACUCUGCCGCAUCUUUGGCCGCUGCUCCAUUAGCCGCUGAAUGGGGAGCUGGUUACUCGCCAGCAGGUCUCGCUGCCUCUAACGGUGGUGGACUCGCCAUAAACAGUUACUCCCCCAUCGCUCCUACUGGCGUUUCUAUGAACUCUGAAAAUAUGUACGAAGGAGCGUUGGCUGUUUCUGGCGCUGUUCCAUUCCUUGGCGCUGUGGCUUUAGAAGGAAAUCUACCUACAGGAGGAGCAGGCGCUGUAGCGUACGGAUGUGGCAACGGCAACAUAGCCAUGUUGAGUGAAGACUAUGCUGGCACCGGUUUCGGAGCUGGUUUGGCUGGACCAGCUUAUGGUUACAAUGGUCUCGCUGGUCCACUCGCCCUGGAAGCCGGUAACCUUGGACCAGCUUAUGGUUACAAUGGGCUCGCUGGUCCACUCGCCCUGGAAGCCGGUAACCUUGGACCAGCUUAUGGUUACAAUAAUUACAACGGCGCAAGAAUUGGAGGUUGCGGAUGUGGGGCCAUCUAUUAA